AUGACAAUUGAAUCUACCAAGACGCAGAAUGCUGAUGAGUCACCGGAAAUUCGAAGCGCCUCGGCACGGCUCUCUUGCCUUCCUUCCCAGGAAGCGCAGUGCCAGACACCGGGGAAAGGUCAAGAGGUUAGUCAAUUUGUUGAAAUUCUGGGUACGGAAGUUGUCAGCGAGGAAUGGAACACUGAGAAAAAUUUUGCCCAACCAAAAAACAGCUUCCCCAAGGAUGACCCCAAGAAGCCAGUCCACCUUACCGCCGCCAUGGGCUACAAGGCCGGAAUGACCACCACCGUCCGUGAUCUCGAUCGUCCCGGUGCCAAGAUGCACAAGAAGGAGAUUGUCGAAGCUGUCACCAUUGUUGAGACUCCUCCGAUGAUUGCUGUUGGUGUUGUUGGAUACAUUGAGACUCCCCGUGGCCUCCGAUCCCUCACAACUGUCUGGGCCGAGCACUUGAGCGACGAGGUCAAGAGACGGUUCUACAAGAACUGGUACAAGAGCAAGAAGAAGGCGUUCACCAAAUACGCCAAGAACCACUCCGAGAACAGCGGUGCCUCCAUCUCCCGCGAACUCGAGCGAAUCAAGAAAUACUGCACCGUCGUCCGUGUCCUCGCCCACACCCAGAUCCGCAAGACUCCGCUCAAGCAGAAGAAGGCCCACCUCAUGGAGGUCCAGGUUAACGGCGGUAGCGUUGCUGACAAGGUUGAUUUCGCCCACGGCUUGUUCGAGAAGCCCAUCGAGAUUGACAGCGUGUUCGAGAAGGAUGAGAUGAUUGAUGUCAUUGCCGUUACCAAGGGUCACGGAUUCAACGGUGUCACUAGCAGAUGGGGAACCAAAAAGCUUCCUCGCAAGACGCACAAGGGUCUGCGAAAGGUCGCUUGUAUUGGUGCCUGGCAUCCGUCCCACGUCCAAUGGACUGUUGCUCGUGCUGGUCAAGACGGUUAUCACCACAGAACCUCCUGCAACCACAAGAUCUACCGCAUCGGCAAGGGCUCUGAUGAAGGUAACGCCUCGACUGAAUUCGACGUCUCGAAGAAGCAGAUCACACCAAUGGGCGGCUUUGUCCGAUACGGCGAGGUCAAGAACGACUACGUAAUGAUCAAGGGCUCCGUCCCCGGUGUCAAGAAGCGGGUUCUCACUCUCAGAAAGACGCUGUACCCACAAGUCAGCCGCAAGGCGUUGGAGAAGGUCGAGCUGAAAUGGAUCGACACCUCGUCCAAGUUCGGACACGGAGUAUUCCAGACCCCAGCAGAGAAGCGGGCCUUCAUGGGCACCCUCAAGAAGGAUCUCGUUACUGCUGCAUGA